CGCCACUUUCACUCAAGCAGCGGCCGAGAGAGGAAGCAUGAAGGCUCUUGUGUCUGUGUGCGUGGCGUGCGCUGCUCUACUGGUGGGGGUGCAGGCGCAGGGACAGCCCCAGGAGCCCAACCCCCCUCCCUUGUCACCCAUCUGGUCUACUUCAACAUCAGCGUCGGAGGUGCUGACGUAGGAACAGUGGAAAUCGGCCUGUUUGGAGAAGUCGUCCCUAAAACUGCUGAAAAUUUCUACCAACUCUCCCUGAACACUGAAAAGGGUCAAGGGUACACCGGGUCAAGUUUCCACCGUGUAAUCCCUAACUUUAUGAUUCAAGGGGGUGACUUCACGCGAGGAGACGGCACUGGAGGCCGCAGCAUCUACGGGCCCAGCUUCCAAGACGAGAACUUCAUCUUACGGCACACGGCUGAAGGGUAUCUGUCAAUGGCGAAUUCCGGACCGGAUACAAACGGAUCUCAGUUCUUCAUUACUACUGUCAAGACUCCUUGGUUGGACGGAAAACAUGUCGUAUUCGGCAAGGUGGUAUCCGGAAUGGAAGUGGUGAAGGUGGUGGAGAAGCUGCCGCGCAACACACAGGACAAGCCCAACGAGGAUGUGGUCAUUAGCUACAUCACUGCACACGAACUGACUCCGGAAGAACAGUUCACGGUGCAGGACUGAACACACACGCACGCACGCACGCACGCACGGCCCUCUGACUGCCUAUGGUUAUUUGACUGAAGGAAACGUAAAGAUACAAUUAUUUUUUUUUCUUUCUUUAAAUUUGAACGGUUUAUUUAAUGGUUUAUUUAAUGAAUAUUUAAGUUUUUUUUUUUUUUUUUUUUACUUGUUUUGAAUGUAGAAGGUCAUUUGAGUGUGUUUUAUUUGAGUUUGAUGAGUCUAGAAGCUGUUUUGAUCUUUUUGUUUUUUUAAUAUAGAAACUCAUUUGAAUAAGGGUUUAUUUAAAUCUAAAAUACAGAUAAAAAAGAAGCUGUUUUGAUAAAGAAGCUGUUUUGACUUUUUUUAAAUACAGAAGCUCAUUUGAAUACGAUUUAUUUGAUUUUUUAAUUAAUAUAGAAGCUGUUUCGACUUUUUUAAUACAGAAACUCAUUUGAAUACGAUUUAUUUGAAUUUUUAAUGAAUAAAGAAGCUGUUUUGACUUUUUUAAAUACAGAAGCUGAUUUGAAUACGAUUUAUUUGAAUUUAAUGACUAUAGAAACUGUUUUGACUUGAAUGUAGAAGCGCAUUUGAAUGUAGCAUGAACAUACGUAAAUUUAUCUGAAUUACCACUGAAUAAAGAAGCUGUUUUGACUUGAUUUGUGUUCGGAAACUCAGUUGAAUACGAAAUACACUAAGUUAUUUGAACCAUCAAUAAAUAAAGAGUAGUUUAUCGAUGCAGAUCUUCAUUUGAUUAUGUUAAGUUAAUUUUUGAAUGGCUUACCAGUGCAGAGUCUCAUUUGAUUACAGAUCGUUUGAGUUUUUUUUAUUUUUAUUCACUAGUUACCAAAAAGCAAGGGAGUUUUGCGAAAGGAUAGAUAAAUUAAUGAUAAGCAGAUGAAUAAAUGAAUAAAGAGAUGAUUUAUGUAAGAAGGAUAAUUAAAAAAAUUUAUAUUAAUAUUUCUUUUCGUUAUUUUAGAAAGAUUAUUAUAAAUAUUUGGUUAUUUAUAUGUAAUUUCUUUAAUAAUGAAUAAAAGAAGGAUUAAUGUACAAAAAAAAAAGAGUUGAUUUAUAGAAAGACGAUUAUGUGUUGCAAUUAUUGUUAUUUUUUUUCACAAAUACGAAAGUAACAGAAAUAACAAUGAAUUCCUUUCGUUUUUAUAAGUUUUGAGUUGAAUAAUAAUAAUAAUAAUAAUAAUGAAAAAGACGAUUAUAAGUGUUGCAAUUAUUUAUUUUCACUCAAAUACGAAAGUAACAGAAAUAACAAUGAAUUCCUUUCGUUUUUAUAAGUUUUGAGUUGAAUAAUAAUAAUAAUAAUAAUGAAAAAGACGAUUAUAAAUGUUGCAAUUAUUUACUUUCACUCAAAUACGAAAGUAACAGAAAAAAAACAAUGAAUUUCUUUCGUUUUUAUAAGUUUUGAGUUAAGUAAUAAUAAUAAUGAAAAAAUAAAUAAAUAAAUAUCAGUUUUGUCAGUAAAUUUUCAUCCACUCACGAACGAAAGCUUAAUAAUAACAAUAAUAACAACAAAAAUAACAUUCUCCAUUCACUUAUUCACUCAAAAAACAAAUGAAUAAAUAAAUAAAACACCAUAAACACCUUUAAUAAUUCAAAUAAGUAAUUUCUAUCAAAGUAAACUGAUAUAAUUAAUUAAGCGAAGUUUUUUCAAUAUUAUUUUAGUUACCCUUCUAAUUUGUUCACGAUGUUCCGUUUUCUUUGAUUGUCUCUCUAUUAGGAUAAACUAAAAAAAAUAAAUUGUUUGUUAUUUAAAA